AUGGCUCUAGAAGCUCUGAAUUCGCCUACGGCGAACUCUUUCGAAAACAGCCACAACCACGGCCACAGCCAGUUUGAAUCUUGGACUAAAAGAAAGCGCUCAAGGCGAGGAUCUUCUCAACCUCGCUUUGACCACCACAAUCCGCCGUGCACGGAGGAAGAGUACCUCGCUCUAUGCCUCAUCAUGCUUGCUCGCGGACACGCUGGACCUGGAACCGCCGCCGUUCUUCCUCCGCCGCAACUCACCGCCGGAGAUUCUUCAACCGCGGCAAAACUCAGCUACAAAUGCUCCGUCUGCAACAAGGCUUUUCCAUCUUACCAAGCUCUCGGCGGACACAAGGCGAGUCACCGGAAAAACACUGUCGUCGCCGGCGGAGGAGAUGAUAACUCUACGUCUUCAGCAGCCACCACUAGCUCCGCCACAGCUGGCGCCGCCGUGUCCGGAGGCGGUUCAGGGAAGGCGCAUGAGUGCUCAAUUUGUCACAAGACUUUCCCGACGGGACAGGCGUUAGGCGGACACAAGAGGUGCCACUACGACGGCGGCGCGGCGGGGAGUGCAGGCGGUGUUACGACGGAGGAAGGUGUGGGAUCUACUCACACCGCCUUUAGCCACCGCGACUUCGACCUUAACGUUCCGGCGUACGGUGAAUUCUCGAGGGAUGAAGAAGUAGAGAGCCCUCACCCUGUGAUGAAGAAGAGGCCACGUGUUUUCAUGGUGCAGAAGAUCGAAAUCCCUCAAAUCCGUUAGAAAAUUUGGUGAAUUAGAUUGCAAAACUUGUUUAAUUUCAAGUUUAGAUUUGAUUUGAUUUGGAUUUUAUUAGAUUAGGGAUGAAAAAAACACUGAGAUAGAUCCAGAUUCAUAUAUGAGUUAUAUUUUUUUUUAAAAGAUUUUUAUUAUUUGGAGAAUUUUUAGAUUGAUUUGUUUCUGUAAAUACUGUACUUUUUGGGUUCUCUUUUCAGAACCAACUCUUAUGAUUUGGAAUUGUACUUUUUGACGGUGGCAUGAAAAAUUCAAUUUAUUUAUUUA